AUCACGUAGAUGAAACACCUCACUGGGGAUAUGAAGGCACCACGGGUCCUACAUACUGGCCGUCAUUGUUCCCCGAAUUCUGUUCUGGAAGAAGUCAGUCGCCAAUUGACCUGAAUGACGACGAUGACACACUUGAGACUUCGACGGAUGACUGGGUGCUUGACAGAUACGAUAUUAUUCCGAAGAAAAUGAUUAUUAAGAACAAUGGACACACAGCCCAGAUUGAAUGGACCACGACAGAUAUCAGGGAAGUCCCAAACGUGUCCGGUGGGAACUUAGGAGAUACUUACGCUUUCGCCCAAUUCCAUUUCCAUUGGGGAAAGAAAAAUAACAGGGGAUCCGAACACACCUUCAAUGGUAAAAAAUUUCCUGCCGAGCUUCACCUGGUGCACUUUAAUACCAAGUAUGAUACCAUUGGCGACGCGGUUCUGAAAGCAGACGGUCUGGCAGUGUUGGGGGUUAUGUUGGAAAUCGCUAAUGAGGAUAACGAGGACUUAAGUCCAAUCAUCGACGGACUGAGUACUAUAGUAGACGCAAACAGCCAAAAAACACUGGCAACACCCUUCCCUCUUAGCGACUUGCUACCAGCGGAUACCAGCUCUUUCUACAGGUAUUCGGGUUCCUUGACAACCCCCAACUGUAACGAGGUCGUUACCUGGACUGUCUUCGAAAAUUCCAUAACCAUUUCAAAAGCUCAGAUUGAAAAAUUCCGGGAGCUUCUCGAUGAAGAAGGGCACCACGUUGAAGACAACUUCCGUCAUGUCCAGCCCCUCAACGGCCGUUUACUUGAGAAGAUCCAGCUGGUAUAAUCUACACGAGGACCAAACGACAUCUUGGAACGGACCGGUGAAUUGGAAAUGGGUAGCCUUCUUCACUGUAUCUGUAGCGCUUUUACAGUCAAAAUUCAUAUAACACAAUCCUAGGUGGCAAGAGUAAAAUCCGGGUCGGAAUUUUACACUUGAACAUCAUUUGGUUUUUGAAUAGCUGUUUUUUGUUUGUUAUUGUUAAUUUGCGUGUGCGUGUGUUCAUCUCUAUUUCUUUGAGUGUCUUCGGUACGGGCAGUAAAUAUUCUAGUACACGUUGUUCGCAUUU